ACCAUCGCAGAACAGCUGAAGUACAGUAUCUCACGAGUAGAGAGAAGCUUUUCGAUCAACAGGCUACUUGCUGAUUAUGGAUCAAAUGCGCCUGCAAAUCCCUAUCGUAUUACUGCAGUGCAGGGUAGAAUAUUAAUUUUCGAAACCAACUUCUCCAGUACUCGUACAGUACUUUGUCAAUUUUCUUUAAAAAAUGUCCGCUGCUGCUGGCCUUUCGUGUGAUAACCCUCGUGGAUGUAGCAUGGAUAACGGUGUGAAUCGUACUCGUCGAACGAAGGCUGAAAAUGAACAGCUGUCUUUGGCAAAGCUGCGGAUCAUUGUGAAAGUGAACCCCUGGCAGUGCAAGGAAAAUACCAAGGAAUCGGGUUCCUUGUGGAGGAAAAUUGUGGGCAUGUGUCGCGCCAACGGUGUGCCGAUGAACUACACCGGAUCCCUGAAAACGCCAGCCCAUACCCUGCAAGAGAUGGUCAGUCGUUCCAUCAAAGCCUUCCACCGCGCGCAUCCCCACGGUCCGCCAGCAGAGAAAACCCCGGCCAGCUGGACGGAGAAGGACCAACUGGUGCACCAGAUUAUCCAGUGGAAGGCCCUCCUGCGUGCACAGGCGGCGGCCAAGGACAGAAAUGAAGGGAUGGAACUGCGGGAGCGCGAAAGCGGGACGGACAGUGGCGAUUUGACGGCAGUGCAACCUGCUCGCGGGAGCGGAAAUGGACUGCCGCUAGAGGCACCAUCAGCAUCGCGCUCUCACUCGAGUGGCUCGGUUGAACCUUUUGAUACCGCAUUUGAGUAUACCGAUAAUGGAGCCGUUGAAUCUGAUGAAGAUGUCGAAUUAUCUACACCGGAAAGGGACGUAAGAUUCAGGCCUAUGCCGGACAGCAAACCGGCAACAGUUUAUUACGCCGCUUUAGCCAACCCCUUGUUGCCGAAAAAUCUACGGCUGUCCAAUUCGACCGAUGGAGGCGGAGCGAUUGCUGAUAUGCUGUCGAAGAUUGUUGUCGCCUUGAACGAGUCCAAUGAAAUUCAGCGCCGGCGAUUGCAGGAAUCCAAAGAGGCGCGUGUAGCACAAGAAAAAUUCCAACGCGAACAGGCGGAAGCGCAACGGGAGCAAGCGGAUAAAGAUCGCGCGCUCAAACUGCAGAUGGCCCAUAUUGAACAGGAAGCCGAUCUCCAGAAAUUCAAACUGCUGCUGGAACAUUCCAAAAAAUAGCCACGGGGAAUGCGCUGAGCAGCUAAAGACUGUUACGCGUAUGUUGUUACGGUACAUAAACUUUAUUCGGAUGUUUAAUCUGGGAUUCUGGAUAAUUUUUUUUCCGUUUUAUGUGUAG